AUGACCGACUACCGCUCUGCCAACGGCUGGGCCCAGCAAUCCGCCAACUUCUCUCCCAUCGACACUUCAUUUCAAUGGGACUAUGCCGGCGUCCAGUCCCCCCGGAAUAUGGUCAGCCACUACAAUGAUCUGUUGCAACGGGCGGCCGACUUCUAUGCCACACUCGACAAUUCCUUUGACAGCAUGUCGUCUUCGGGCUCCGACAGCUCUUACAGAUCAACGCCGGAGCGACGUGUCUCCCCGACGAGCAGCAGUGUGGUCGCUCAAGUGAAGAGCUCCAUUCCCGACAAGAUCGAGAGGAGACGAGAACAAAACCGUUCUUCACAGCGAGCGUACCGGGAACGCAAAGAGCGUCACCAGAAGGAGCUGGAGGAGCAAAUCACCCAGUGGCAGCAAAAACAUCAGAUGCUCUCCCGAUCGUACUCGCAGCAGACCGAGGAAGUUGCGCGUCUCAAGGCGCAAAUCGAGCAACUGAACAGCGAAAUCACCCAACUCCAGUCGGGCUUGCCCAGCCUCUGUGGCUCGCUUUGCCAGUCGCCCCAAGAGUUUGAUCUGGUGCCAUUUUUCAACGCCGAUGCGCUGAGCCCCCAGAGUACUCCUCGGCUGUCGCACUCCAUGCCCAGCCGGCGCAACUCGUAG